AAACUGAGACUCGAGAGACUCAGUCUCGAGUGCGAUAUUGGCGAGUGUGAACGUGUUUACUUGGGCUUCGAUUGCCAACACUCGAAACCAAUUUUGCGAUGGCAAUUACACGGCGGCUUCCCUGGCCAAAGCUACUUUAUUCAUUAAUCUGGCUGUGGGUGGCAUUGGAUCUAAGUCGUGCAGCUGGAGUGCCCAACGAUCAGUUUGUGUUUCCCUCGGAAUCGAAGGAAAAUCCGCCCAUCCAACUGUCGUCCAGACUCAGGGAAAUUGACCGGCAAAUGGAGGAGGUCAUCAGAGCCACAAAUGUUACCCUCGUGAUCCCCAGGGAAGGCAGAAAGGGCUCUUCCAGAACUGCAACUAUCGAAAACACCACACAGGAACCAGGAAAUACACCCACUGAAACCGGAAGGCUUAUCACACCGGAGAAGAAGCUUAACUUACCAACCCCUCAGGAAAAUAAAGCCCGCCACCCCCCCAGCGAAUCCAAGAUGGUCACAUUCGUCAGAGAACCAGAAUCCAAUAUAUCUGCUCCUUGGGAUCAAACUCAAGCCACCAUUGUUUCGGAUCCAAAAAGUGUGAUUAUUGGACCGAGGAUUGUCCUGGAAACCACGAAAAUUUGUCCGAAAGGUACAGUCCUGACCGUUAAUGACCACUGCCGCAAGAUUGCCUAAGAACGGGUGUAUUUCUUAAAAAGAUAUCAUAGUGUGCUUUGCUUCACUGUGAAAUACGUCGUUAUCGUCAAUGCUGAUGAGAUUUAUUAGCCAAAAAUUGGAAAACCAUUUUCCAAAAGUGAAAAGUAUAAAUAGUCGUCCUAAAAAUCUAUUUGUAUAGCUACAAAUAAUAAUAAACAAAAUAAAUAAAUAAAUCCUAAAGUUGAUAUUGUAAAAUA